UGCAGUCUUAUUUAGUGUAUUCACUUCACCCACAAGAGAAUACAGCUAUUAUCCAGUGCUAUUGAAUUGAAGACUUUUAACAAAUUAUAUUUUGGGUCCACCACAUUCACAAUGAAUACGCCCAUCUAUUGGCCUUACCUUGUGGGUAGACUUCUUCUGUUUUUACAUCAAGGGAGUCAUACUGCCAUGUUCCAACACAGUACAAAUUGGAUGUCCCGGCAGUUUCCAUGUGAUGUCAAUGGACUAGUGUUUGACUGUGGGGCAAAAAAUCUUCAAAAAGUACCUGACGGGAUAACCAGCAAUGCCACUGUAGUCAAUUUAUCAAAAAACAAUCUUCAGCAAAUACCAGGGAGUGCAUUUUCUCAUCUGAAAGAUCUCACUGAACUUAAUCUUAACAACGCAAAUAUGCUUGGCCUGCAGAACGCCAACAUCAAUAAGUAUGCUUUCAAAAAUCUAACUAAGCUGCUAUUGUUGGAUUUAGGUAACAAUCGUCUGACUUAUAUCCCCGGAAAUCUUCCUCACAGUCUGACAACGAUUUGGCUAAACAAUAACCGCAUCCUGGUGCUAAACAAUAACAGCUUUUCUGGCAUAAGAAAUGUGAAAAAUCUAUUCCUGCAAAGAAACUGCUAUUUGGGCAAUAAUUGCUCCAAGCAAUUGAACAUUUCAGAUAACACUUUUGCAGUUUUGACGAAGCUCGAGUUUCUGGACCUUUCCCUCAACAAUUUAACACGAGUUCCAAAGGGACUACCAAUAACGCUAACCGAACUGACAAUAAGUGACAACCAAAUAUAUUACAUUUCUGAAGAGGACUUUAAAGAGCUCCAUCACUUAAAUGUACUGAGCAUACAUGGAAACUGCCAAAGAUGUGAAAAUGCUGCAUAUCACUGUAUAGCUUGCCCCAAUAUUUCUCUUGGAAUCCACCCCAAGGCGUUUACUAACCUUAACCAACUAAAGACAUUACACUUAGCAGGCAACUCCCUGACAGAACUUAAUGAUUUUUGGUUUGAAAAUCUCAAACAACUGACAAGACUCUUGCUAUCAUUCAAUCUUUUAGAAAAGGCCAUUCAAGGUGAACUGAAGUGUUUUAGUAAUCUUUCAAAAUUAGCACAUUUAGAUCUGUCGUUCAACUUUAGACUUAAAACAUACCCAAAGACCGUUCAGCUGUCAAAUGCUUUUUCAAAGCUUAAGUCGCUUCGAGUAUUGCACUUGGUUGGUUUAGUCUUUAGAAGAAUUGAAUUUGUUACUUUGAAAGCUCUUUUUGCGCUCAAACACCUUACUGUGCUAAAUCUAGGGACUAACUUCAUUGUUCACUGUAAUUCCACCAUAUUCAAAAAUCUCCCACAGUUGCAAAGCAUAUAUCUAUCAGAGAACAAACUCUAUCCCGUUUCAGUAAGUACGCCUAACCCACCAGGCCAGGGAGGAAAUGUUAAAGUCAACCUGAUUUCUUCACCACAACUGAUGGCCAAUUCGUUAAAUUUUGGUGGCACUUUGGCUAACCCAGAGUGUAUCAAAGCAGGGCGUGUGCUGAGUUUUAGCUCAAAUAAUCUUUUCUUCAUUACCCCGGAGCAAUUUGAAGGCUAUGAUAAUAUCUCAUGCCUUAACCUUUCAAGAAAUGGGUUUUCAUCUGCAUUAAAUGGGACAGAAUUUAAGUCGUUGCCAAAUCUGACAUAUCUGGAUCUGUCAUUUAAUAAGAUUGACUUGGCCUAUAGCAAUGCAUUCCAGGAAUUACAGAAGCUAAAGGUAUUGGACAUCAGUUUCAACGACCACUACUUUAAAGCCUAUGGGAUCACAAAUAAUUUAGAUUUUGUUAAAAAUUUACCAGUUCUUGAGAUAUUAAAUAUGAGCAAUAAUUGUAUUCACACUUUAACUACCAAAUGGUUACAGAGUGAUUCAUUAAAAGAGCUUCGAUUUGGACACAAUGAACUUGGGACUCUUUGGAAAGAUGACUCGUAUAUAAAUCUGUUUACUAAUAUCACUAAUUUGAAUAUACUUGACAUUUCGUCCAACAACAUUGUUGAAAUUCCUGAUAAGGUUUACGUUUUGUUACCAUGGCAGCUCACAACCCUGUUCAUAAAUGAUAAUAAACUCUCUGAUUUUAAUUGGACUAAACUAGAACAUUUCAACAACCUCCAGACCCUCGAUCUAAGUCACAAUGCUAUAACUUAUGUAAGAAGCGUUACCACCCGUUCUUUAAUAACUCUGAAUCUGGCUCAUAAUAAAAUUGCACAACUGUCAAAUGGAUUUAUAGAGGGCGCCAAAAGGCUUAAAACCCUCCUGCUGAACCACAACGAGUUGACAGUUAUCAACCAGACCAACUUCUUAACGAGACCUAAAAACCUUACAACGUUGUCUUUACAUAGAAACCCAUUUCAAUGCUCAUGUGAUGCCAUGGAUUUUAUUCUUUGGAUUGAAGGCAACAAUGUCACCAUCCCAAGCCUGAAAACGGAUGUCUAUUGCUUCGUAUCCUACGGCCAUCCUCAGGUGAUGAUUUAUUUUGAUUUUGACCAGUGUGUCAACGACACUCUGGCACUACUGAUCUCCAUUCUCACAACUACCUUCAUCGUUGUCACCACGUCGAUGGCAACGGUGGCACACAUCUUCUACUGGGACGCCUCCUACGUCCUGCAUUACCUGAAGGCCAAAUGGAAGGGCUAUCAUUCUUCGGCCUCACAAGACAACGUGUACGACGUCUUCGUGACAUAUGACACCAAAGACCCCUGGGUCUCGGAGUGGGUGCUGCAGACGCUGAGGGUGAAGCUGGAGGUGGAGGGGGAGAAGGCGUUGCCCUUGUGUCUGGAGGAGCGGGACUGGCCCCUCGGCGUCCCGGCAAUCGACAACCUCACCCACAGCAUUCGCUACAGCCGCAAGACCCUGUUUGUGCUGACCAAGGCGUACGCCAAGACGGGGAUGUUCCGCUUGGCCAUGUAUCUGGCCCACCAGCGGCUGCUGGAUGAGAACCUGGACGUGAUCGUGGUGCUGAUGUUGGAGCCGGUGCUGCAGAACUCUCACUUCCUGCAUCUGAGGAGGAGGCUGUGCGGGGAGAGUGUUGUGGAGUGGCCCAGGACUGCGGCCGCUGAGCCCUGGUUUUGGCAGAACCUCAGGAAUGUAGUCAGGGUGGACAACCAGACGAUGUACACCAGCACUUACUCUCAGUACUUCACCUGCAGCCGGGAGAGAGACUGAAGCUGUAGCUUGGACGUUUUCCUAUUUUUUUCAGAAUUUCUUUCAUUUUAAGUUACUUAGAUUUACUGGUCGUUGUUGUAGGCUAUUCUUGCAGUCAUCUUUGUUGAGUGAUGCUUUUGAACUGAUUUUCUUAAUGGGAUGAAUGCUAUGAUAAUGUGUGUUCAUAAUGAACCACUUUUAACAGCCUAGUUUUAGGUCAUAGUGUUAUCAAGCUUUGUUUUGUA